UGGCGAAGAUUUAAAUUUAUAUAUAUGUAUAUAUUGGUAAUAAAAAGAGCACUGGGACCCUGCGACUCGGGAGCAGAAGGCGGUUUGGGGUUGCGGGCGAUGCUUCAACAUCAAACACUGGGACUCUGAGAAUUUGCAAUUUGGAAGUUGAACGAACACCAAGAAAAUUUCCAUGAAAAUUGAAAUAUGCGCUUCCUCUUAAACGCCGAUCUGUUAGGUCAGAGUUGUUUGUGAGGAUGUCCAGACCUUGGGUACUGGUUUGUUUGCUCCUGUUAAUUGUAUUUACAUCACAGUUUGAGUGGAAGCAACAAUAUGGAAAUGAACCUGAAGCAAGUCCAAACACUUCCAGGAAACAACAAUAUAUCUCUGAAAGAGAGGAAUCCGUAAAAGAAAAAAUUAUACUUUCUCAAGAGAAAAAUAUACAGAAACUUAACGAGCUUGUAAGAAGCCUUAGGGAACAGUUGCAGCAGUGCAAGGGUGAGCAUGAAAUGGUCAAUGCCACUGCAACCCCUUUGACUGAACUUCUAACCGAGCUUGAAAGACAGCCCCUAUUGGAGGACUAGUUAUGAACCACAUAUUUUGAACGUUAUGCUUAAUAUUUGUAACUAGGAAAAUCUUGUUUCUUUUUUAUUGACAAUUCUACUGCGUUUUGAUUGUACAUUCUCAUUGCACUCGAGUUGCAAAGACACUGUUAAAUCUACUAUCUCAUGUGAUCAAACCUGUAAACGAGUGAAGUCCAGACAUUUUCCUCUU